UCAGGGUUAUUGAACUAUGUGCAGUUGAUGGAUGACGGUAUGGAAGUUUUCAUUGCACUCAAAGACAACAGAUUUUGUUUACUUUCCUCUGCCAGAAGAUGUGUUACUCAUUCUAGACAUUUGGUGUAGUCAUUUAGUGUUGAACAUUUAUACUUUCACCUCUACACACAGACUAUAGUUGAAUGCCUGUAUUUUACAGUAAUAUUUAUUUUUCUCUUUUCAAGGCAGCAAAGAUAAAAGGAGAGUCCAUCCUCUUCAACUUGCUGAAGGACAUAGUCAACCAUUUUCGGUGGACUGCCGACACACGUGGGCAGUUUCUUGCAUUAUGGGUUGGCAUCCUUCACCAUGUCUGCAACAUUCACACCUGGACUAAGGGAAGUUGCAAACACGGGCACCUUGAAUUGGAUCAAAUGCGGGGAAAGAUGUGGAUCCAGAGAGACUCCCAGUGCCACAAAGCUUUAGUGGAUAUAGUUCUCGAUAAGAGGUGGCAGAAAGAUGUUCACAACUAUCUGCAAUUCAGAUCGACUGCAGACCUAGAGUCAUUCCAGAAUCAUAUCCUGAUGUAUGCCAGCAAGCGCUAUGCUUUCAGCCCAUCAGUUUAUGAGGCAAGAGUUCUGCUUGCUGCUUUGGACUACAAUUUCCACCGGAACCGACCAACAAUGAAAACGUUGGACGGCAAAGAGAUUUUCAAAAGAUUGUAUAAGAAGAAUGCUAGAAGAUACAGCGUAUAUGCCUUGAAAUCUGAAAAAACCUACGGAUACAUUUACAAGUUACAAAGAAGGAUUGUGAAGAACAGACUCACAAGUGGAGUGGGGAUGCCUAGAAGGAGGAGCCUUCUCCCAGAUGACCCCAGACAGCUUGGUUUGGUGCCCCCCGUACCUGCACCAGCCACAUCAGACUUGUUACAGAGACAAAUCAGAAGAGGUCUAGGACCAUUAUUCCAACCAGCAUCUGAUGUGGAAGGAUCCCCAGAGGAGAUCACCUUGCAUGUGUCCUGGUACUUGUCAGGCAGGAUCACGAGGGAAAGAACUUCACUGACAAAGUCAUAGCUUUUACUCUUCAAAAAGAGAAAUUUAUUAACAUUAAAUUCUGUUCCUACCCUCCUCCAGUGGUAAUGUAAUGUUUUUCCAAUUUGUACACAUUUCAUCUUAUUCUGCUAAGUACACUGUGACCAGCGCAUAUUAUUUUCAGUAGGUAGCCUAAAUUACAGUUUACAAUUUGAACAGUAAUGAUAAGUAAGGCUACAGCUGUCCCCUAUUAUGUAAAUAUAAAUAACUAAACUAACUGGAAUUGGAAAUGUCAUGGCAAAGUUUGAAAUUCUAAACACAUGUUCAAAUGUAUAUAAUGAAAAUAAAAACACCAUGUGCUUCUA